GCAGUUGCAACCUCCGAGGAUAACAAACACCGCGGAGGGGGCAGGGGCCGCUCGCGGGCGCCGCGGCCCGGGGUCUCGGGUGGGGCUCGGCCGGCGUGAGUCGCGUUCCCCCGCUCCGGGGCGGGAGGCGCCGGGCGGCGCAAGGACAAUGGAGGCGGCGGUCUCGGGGGCGGCGGGGGCCUGGCCGGCGGAUCGAGCCGGGGCCGCGGCGCUGAGCGGGGAGAACGAGGCCGAGAGCCGGCAGGGCCCUGCGGAGCGCGGCGGGGAGGCGGCCCAGCUGAACCUGUUGGACACCUGCGCCGUGUGCGGGCAGCACAUCCAGAGCCGGCGGCCCAAGCUGCUGCCCUGCCUGCACUCGUUCUGCCUGCGCUGCCUGCCGCAGCCCGACCGCUACCUCAUGCUGCCCCCCGCCGCCCCGUCCCCGUCCCCCGGCCCGGGCACCCCCAAAGAGCUGCAGCCGCCGGCGUCCCCCUCCUCGCCCGUCCCUUCGCCGACCUCGCCCCUGCACUGCACGCCGGUUGGUGUUAUCCGCUGUCCAGUUUGCAGCCAGGAAUGUGCAGAAAGACAUAUCAUAGAUAACUUUUUUGUGAAGGACACCACAGAGGUUCCCAGCAGUACAGUGGAAAAGUCAAAUCAGGUCUGCACAAGCUGUGAAGACAAUGCAGAAGCCAAUGGUUUUUGUGUGGAGUGUGUAGAAUGGUUAUGCAAGACCUGCAUCAGAGCUCACCAAAGGGUUAAAUUCACAAAGGACCAUACAGUCAGACAGAAAGAAGAAGUAUCACCAGAGGCAGUUGGUGUGAACAGUCAGCGGCCUGUUUUCUGCCCUUACCACAAAAAGGAACAGUUGAAGCUCUAUUGCGAGACCUGUGACAAACUUACAUGUCGGGAUUGCCAGUUACUGGAACACAAAGAGCACAGGUACCAGUUUAUAGAAGAAGCUUUUCAGAACCAGAAAGUGAUCAUUGAUACACUAAUCAGCAAGCUAAUGGAGAAGACUAAGUACAUAAAAUAUACAGGGAAGCAGAUCCAAAACAGAAUCCUUGAAGCGAAUCAGAAUCAAAAGCAGGUGGAACAGGAUAUUAAAGUUGCCAUAUUUACACUGAUGGUAGAAAUAAAUAAAAAGGGGAAAGCUUUGCUACAUCAGUUAGAGAGUCUAUCAAAAGACCAUCGGAUUAAGCUUCUGCAGCAACAACAGGAAGUGGCAAGUCUUUCUAAACAGCUGGAACAUGUCAUGAAUUUUUCCAAGUGGGCAGUUUCCAGUGGCAGCAGCACAGCAUUAUUGUACAGCAAACGCCUGAUUACAUAUCGUCUACGGUAUCUCCUUCGAGCAAGGUGUGAUGCUUCUCCAGUGACUAACACCACUGUCCAGUUUCACUGUGAUCCUAGCUUCUGGGCUCAAAAUAUUUUCAAUCUAGGUUCUCUGGUAAUUGAAGAUAAAGAAACCCCACCACACAUGCCCAAGAGCCCUGUGAUGGAACCAAAUUUACAGCCACAAAGUGGCUUACCUUCAAACCAACUGUCUAAGUUCCCAACACAGAUCAGUUUAGCUCAACUACGACUCCAGCACAUGCAGCAGCAGGUCAUGGCUCAGAGGCAGCAGGCUCAACGCAGGGUAGGCCCAGUGGGUCUACCAAACCCAAGAAUUCUAGGUCCCAUGCAGCACACUCCUACUUCUCAUCAGCAGCCACCUCCACGCUUGAUUAACUUUCAGAAUCACAAUCCCAACUCUAAUGGGUCAAUUCUUCCUGCUCAACAAAUGAGGGGUCCCCAGAACCAGAAUGUACCGAGAUUAACAAUAAAGCCCAACCCAUUGCAGAUGGCAUUCUUGGCACAGCAGGCUAUUAAACAGUGGCAGAUAAGCAGUGGACAAGCUUCAGCUGCCUCGUCAACUGCAAGCAGCACUACAUCCACCCCUUCCAGUCCCACUGUUACUAGUGCUGCAGGGUAUGAUGGGAAGACAUUUGGUCCACCCAUGAUAGAUCUGAGUUCUCCAGUGGGUAGUUCUUAUACCCUACCUUCUCUUCCUGAUAUUGAGUGUACGGGAAGCAUUACCCUGGAUAACAUUGUAAGGAAAGAUGGUAUUGUGGAGCAGAGCCACCCAAAACCCCCUUCAAACAGAACCGUCCAGUCACCAAAUUCAUCAGUGCCAUCUCCGGGCCUCUUGGGACCAGUAACUAUGACCAGUGUCCACCCUCCAAUUCGCUCACCCAGUGCCUCCAGUGUUGGAAGCAGAGGCAGCUCUGGCUCCUCCAGCAGGCCACCAGGAGCUGAUUCUACACACAGAGUCCCUGUUGUCAUGUUGGAGCCAAUCAGGAUUAAACAGGAGUCUGGUACAUCCCAUGAGAACUAUGAUUUCCCAAUUGUUAUAGUGAAGCAAGAAACAGAUGAAGAAUCCCGGCCCCGGAAUACCAACUUUUCAAGAAGCAUACUCACCUCUCUGCUAUUGGAUAGCCGUCAUAAUACCACUUCUGACAAAACAGUCUUAAGAACAGAUGCUCCAGAUAGCACAGGUGACCGACCAGGGAUACUUCAGGAGAACACAUCCAGUGGGAAGACAUGGAUGGGUACCCCUCACAUUGGAGACGUCAGAAAAGAGGAUGACCCCAAUGAGGACUGGUGUGCAGUGUGUCAGAAUGGAGGGGAGCUCCUGUGUUGUGAGAAAUGCCCUAAAGUGUUCCACCUUUCUUGUCAUGUCCCUUCACUGAUGAACUUUCCAAGAGGAGAGUGGAUUUGCACAUUCUGUCGGGACUUGUCCAAGCCGGAAGUAGAAUAUGAUUGUGAUAAUCCCAAUCAGAGCUCUGAAAAAAGAAAACUAGAAGGUUAUAUGGGAUUGGCACCAAUAGAUCGACGGAAGUGUGAAAGGCUACUGCUAUACCUCUACUGCCAUGAAAUGAGCCUGGCUUUUCAAGAUCCAGUUCCUCCUACAGUGCCUGAAUACUACAAAAUAAUAAAGAAGCCUAUGGACUUGUCAACAAUCAAAAAAAGACUGCAAGUGAACCAUCCACUGUAUAUGAAACCAGAAGAUUUUGUGGCUGAUUUCAGACUGAUUUUCCAAAAUUGUGCUGAGUUUAAUGAGCCUGAUUCAGAAGUGGCUGAUGCUGGCAUGAAACUUGAAGCCUACUUUGAAGAACUCCUAAAGAUCCUUUAUCCGGAGAGAGAAUUCCCUAUACAACCCUACUGUCGGAGUGAGAGAGAGAAUCCAGAAUUUAGUGAUGACUCUGAUGAUGAUUUUGUACAGCCCCGGAAAAAACGCCUCAAAGGAGAGGAGCGCCAGUUGCUUAAAUGAGUCGCAUGUACUGGAAUGAAUUUUUUAAAACUAGACAAAUAUUUAUCAACUGUCAGUUGUCAAGAGGAAAAAUCAUGACCACUUUGACCUGUACAUUUGUGGAUGUUUACUAGACUUUAUACCCUUCCCCUAAAACAGAAAUCUACCAGGGAUCAAGGCAUUUGGAGAGACUGUUCUCUGGAGUUCAGUCCUUACAUCCUACUUGUGGAACGUCAUUAAAACAGUAAUCUGGAAUAACAGCUGCUCAGAUGCAUUUAAAGAAAAGAAUUUGUACAGAAUUAAACUUUAAAAUGUUACAUGAAUUCAAUGUGUGACUUUCUCAGUUUCAAGAAAAUGUAUUAUCACCAGACAUUAAUUUUACCAAAGGCAUGUGGCUGGCCAGAAUUUGAGUUUUGUACUGUACUUAACCCCAAGCCAUGAAAGCACAUGGUGUAAUUUUGUUGUCCUAGGAGAAUGACUGGUACAAUGGAAGUGUAGUUGCCCCCUAAAGAAGUUACUGGUGAUUUAAAAUGUAAGGGGAGAGCUGUAUUAAAAUAAACUUAAAAAAUCA